AUGGCCGCGCUGGUGGAGCUGGGCUUCGCGGAGAAGGCGCCGGCAUGGCGUCUGCGCAGUGCGCUCUUUCCCAGCAAGGCGGGCGGCCGGCCAGCGUGGCUGGGCGAGGCGGGGCUGCCCGGGCCCGCGGCACUAUCCUGUCCGCGCUGCGGCCGUUCGCCCGCCUUCCUGCUGCAGCUGUACGCGCCGCUGCCCGGCCGCGCCGACGCCUUCCACCGCGGCCUCUUCCUCUUCUGCUGCCGCCACCCGGCCUGCUGCGCCGGCUUGCGCGUUUUUAGGAACCAGCUACCCAGAGAAAAUGACUUUUACUCCUCUGAGCCACCUUCGGAGGAGUCUCCGCCUGAGACAGGAAAAUCUGUGUGUCUCCAGCUCAAGUCUGGUGCUCACCUGUGCCGGGUGUGCGGCUGCUUGGCCCCCAAGACCUGCUCCAGGUGCCACAGGGCACACUAUUGCAGCAAAGAGCAUCAGACCCUGGACUGGAAGUGGCACCGGCAGACGUGCGGGCUCCAGGAUGCGCGUGCUCUGGAGGACACAGUUCCAGAUCACAGCUUCCUUUUCCCAGAAUAUGAGAUUGUGAUCGAAACAGAAGACGAGGCCCCUCAUGAAGUUGUGGAAGAUGAGGAGGAUACGGACCACGUGGGGAGUGUUGGUGACUCGCUUGAGGAAGAAUUGGAAUCCAUGGCAAAGCACGAGUCCAGGGAAGAUCAAAUUUUCCAGAAAUUUAAAAUGCAAAUCGCCCUUGAACCUGAGCAGAUUAUCAGAUAUGGCCGUGGCACUGCCCCCAUCUGGAUAUCUGGUGAAAAUGUCCCUCAAGAAGAGGAUAUUCCGAAUUGUCCGUGUGGUUCCAAGAGAACUUUUGAAUUCCAGGUCAUGCCACAUCUGCUCAACCUCCUCAAGGCCGACAGUCUGGGCAGGAGCGUCGACUGGGGCGUCCUGGGCGUCUUCACCUGUGCAGAUAGCUGUGCUCUGGGCAGUGGCUACACGGAAGAGUUUGUGUGGAAGCAGGACGUGACGGACACAGCCUAG